AUGUCUGGCAACGUUGAUCAAAAGUAUUGUGGGUACAUACUACGUCAAAUUGGGGCAAGGACCCCGUUCAGUCGCACUCGCACUAGUCGAUGUACGAUUACAAUAAGCGGACGUUGCCAUAACACGAUCGACAAUAAUUGUAGACCGCCUGCGCCGCCAGUUCAAUGGCGAUUCAUUCGCGAGAGAUCGAAGCAGCGGGCGUCGAUCAAAUGGCUGUUAUCGAAAGCCUUCAACAAUCGGGUCCCCGAGAAUCUUCUGGAGCCUUUCUACAGGGAUCAUGAGGAUCAGGAGCAUCUAAAGCCGCCCAUAGUGGGCGGAUUAGCGAACGCGGAGCUGUACUGCCUGGCACUAGCGAACAUGUACUCUGAUCCAAACUACCACAGCCUGAACCACUGGAACAUACUCCAGACGCUGGCGCGCAAGGGCGUGCACGUGCCCGAUCCGCCCGACUGCGCACUCACCGAGACCGUACUCAUACAGACGAACCCACUCAAAAUUAGCGCGCACAUGGCAGUAAUAGAAGCGAUAAUGGUGUUAUACGCUCGGGAAGUGGUGACGAUGGACAGGGUGGCGGCGGUGGUGCACAGGCUCGGCAGCAGUCAGCCGCUGCCGGUCAACUCCAACGUACCGCACGAAGACGGGCUGCUGUGCUGGAUCAAUGCCGCCUGCGAGGCGUUUAACAAGGCCGAGGAGGACGCGUCGCGGCACGUGCGGGCGGUGGGCGCGCUGCAGGAGGUGUGCGCGGGCUCGGCGCUGGCGGCGCUGGUGUCGCUGUACUGCCCGGGCGCGCUGCCGGCGGGCGCGGUGCGCGCGGGCCGCCUGGCCUCGCUGCAGGACUGCCUGCACAACCUCAUGCUCGUGCACCGCUUCUGCCGGACCGCGCUGCCGCACGACGUCUUCCACAUGCUGCCGGAGGACGUCACCUACAUGAGGGGGUCGAUGAGACAAAAUUUAGUGGCUAUGCUGGCGGACCUCUUCAACUUGUUGGAAGUUCAUCCUGUUAAUUCCGUAAAGUUCCCCGCCACCGGGAGCCUUUGCGGCCGACAAGCAGCAGUUCCAACAAACACAGCACCGUAUCUCCGAAACUAUUAUCGCAGACAUACUGUAAUAUUAUCCGUCAGUACAACCGUGUGCGAGGUGCGGGAAAGGUUUAGGCGUCUUCCUAGCGGGACGUGGUGGCGUGUGAGCGCGAGCGUGGAGCGUGGAGCGUUGACGUGCGCGGUGAGCAACGCUCACGGCGUGCGGCACAAGCGCUGCCUGCCGCCCGCGCCCGCGCCCAUCCCCGACCUGCGCCCCGACACCGCGCCGCCGCCCUCGCUCCACCACACCCACCGCGCGCCCUUCACAGGUACAUACACUGCCCGCACUACCCACACUACCCACACUACUCACACUACCCACACUACUCACACUACCCACACUAGCCGCGCUCACCCGUACCUGCCGCGCGGUGCGAGCGGCAUGAGCGGCGUGAGCGGAAUGAGCGGCGUGAGCAGCGUGAGCGUGGGCGGCCGCUCGGUGUGCUCCACGCCGGAGCGGCGCAGCGUCAGCCCGCAGCCGGACGACUUCGUGGUGCAUCGCGGCCGCGCGCUCACCACGCUCGCGGCACUCGCCAGGCAACAGGACAACAACGAUUGUGUUCGAAUUGAUCAUGUGACCGUCUCAAUGUUCCCGGGGGCAGCGCGCGUGUGGUCCCCUGAGCGCGAGGGCGGGGGCGGGGGCGGGGGCGCGGCGGCGGGGCUGACCACGGCGCGGGCGCGGCAGGGCUCGUUCGCGGGGCGGCGGUCGCGGCGCUCGUCCGUGUCGGACGACAGCCAGCUCACGGUGGAGAACUUCGGCGGCUCGCAGGACCGCCUGCACUUCGCCGGACGGAACCCGGAGAAGGAGCUCGCCACCGUCCCGCUGGCCAGGAAGAUCUCCGCGCCCGCCGGUCCCCUAGACUACAGCAAUCCGCCGCUUCGUUCAUCGCGGCAGGACAUCCGCGGCUCUUUCCAGUUGUUUCACGAUGACUAUCAGAACGGCGCAGACGACCCUCAUAAUGACAAACAGAAGCGAAACGACGAUACCCCCCUGCGGAGACAGAACAGUUAUUCCGAUUUCAGUCCAUUGAAACGGCAGGAGUCUGCCAACGAUACGGAGUCACCGCUCCGAAGACAGAACUCUCAAUCGGAAGGAGUCAGUCUCAGUCAGCUCGGGUUCUCGCAUCGCGGCGGCGGCGAUAGUUUCGAUAGGGAUGCGACUGACGGUGACAACACUAGCGUCGGCAUCGCGGACCUCAAUAAGAUCAGGAACGGUGAACGGCAAGGUGUGUUCGGUCAGUCUGAGUGUGAUCAGGAGAGGCGGAAAAGUACAUCGUUCGUGACGCCCGCCGCCAACACGACCACGUGGCAGCAGCAGUUCAUGCAGCACGACCAUCAGCCCAAUGGCGACGAAGUAUCGUCGGAGAGUGCGGGAGGGGCGGGGGGCGGAGGCGGGGCCAUGGCGGCGCAACUUAACAACAUACGACUCAAGCUCGAGGAGAAGCGACGACGAAUAGAACACGACAAGCGACGGAUGGAACUAGCGCUCGAUAGACAGCGGCAACACCUCGGACAGCAGGCCUUCCUGCAGGCCGUCACACGGGAUACGUUUUUGCAAGGCCAGUUGGCCUCCUUGGGCCGCGGCGCGCGCACGCCCUCGGACGACAGCAGGCAGGAGCCGCCACAGAGCCACCACACCGUUCACUACCAUAAUGAUCACGGUAGACAGUACCAUAGUAAAACGUACGCCGAUCAACUUUUAUCAAAAAUUAAUGAACUCCAGCCUGCAGGAUAUCCAGAGCGACAUCGCGCGGCUGGCCAGCCAGCAGACGCAGCUGCAGCAGCAGCAACUCCAGCAGCAGCAGCUGCAACAGCAGCACGCGCUGCAGCAACAACAGCACCAGCUGCAGCAGCAACUGCAGCAACAGAUGCAACAGCAGCAGAUGCAGCAGCAGCAGGCCAAGCAGCUGUUUCAGCAGCAGGCGCCACCGCAGUCGCCGUAUCAACACCAGUAUCAACCCAACAUUCCACAAUUGAUAUACCUAUAAUAUUAUUGGACUUCAAGAAGGUAGCAGAAUGGCAAAAUGAAAGUAGUUGGGAUUCUGUUGAAAUGCGAUCAUUGCGUAAAUGGUCUCAUUCGCACAAACGACUUUUUGAUGUUUGCGCACAGCCAGUUCAGCUCCCAGCACGAGGUGUCGCGCGGCGCGCUGGGCGCGGGCGGGUUCGGCUCCACGCCGCACCUGUACCGCGACCCCGACCCGCCCGCCACCUUCUACCUGCACCACGCGCCCGCGCCCGCGCCCGCCCCCGCGCCUGCCCCCGCCCCCGCGCCCGCUUCCGCCCCCGCCCCCGCGCGCCGCACGUGGGCGCAGCACGCGCACCAACACGCCGAGCGAGGCUGGCAGGUGAUUGAUCACCACACUACCCUACACUCCCGUGUUGUUGUUUUAUUUGUAAUCUAUAUCUGGCAAUUGGCAAACAGCUGCAUGAACCUCCACACCUGAUUUGAAAUAAAUUCUACCGUUAUAAUAUUUUUGUUAUUUGAUCAUUUUUAAAAAACAUUGCGACGCCAUAGAUCUGUAU